AUACUAGGAGCUGAAGACAGGAUAACAAGAAGAGGGUGUGGAAGAGGGAGGAAAUGGCAGCGGGGAACGGUGAAGUGGUGAAGGUGGCGGAGUGCGGGUGCUGCGGCAUGUGGGAGGAGUGCACGGUGGAGUACAUAGGGUGGGUGAAGGAGCAGUUCGGCGGCGUGUGGGUGUGCGGGCUGUGCACGGAGGCGAUCAAGGAUGAGCAGGCCAGGCUGGGGGUGGGCGUCGAGGCGGCGAUGCUCGUCCAUGCAAAGUUCAGGCAGGUCGCCAGCAUCGACCCCACCGUCCGCAUAGCUCUCUCCCUCCUCCACUUCUUCAAGAAGAUGAUCUCUUCGCCCACUUCCUCCCCUGCAAAGCUAUGACGUCCAUGUUUCCCUCUAUCAUCUCAUCUUGUGACUUGUAAGCUAGCCAGCUCACUGGUGCAGGGCAUGACUGCAGUUAGUCGUAGAUGUUCAUCGCAACAAUUCUGCAUCAUGAAUUUGCUAGGAUCAUGAGAUCUUUGCAAUAAUUGUCAAUAUAUAAGUAUCUGGCUUGCAGAAAUCUGUCUUGCACAUACUAAAAACCUUUUUUUUUCUACUU